AUGCGCCUUCCCUACGCGCCGUCAACCCCGCCUGCCGACUCGCCCUCGUCGGUAGCCGAGAUAUACGCCCGUAUCGCUGCGCGGCGGAAACCGCGCCCUCUCAUCCCGCUCGACCUGACGCUUCUGCACUCCCCGCCCGUGGCAAACGGGUACAAUGCCUUCGUCGGUGCGCUACGAACCGAGACCAUCGUGCCGCAGUCCUUUCUCGAGCUUGCCAUCUCCCGCGUUGCGAUCCUCACCGGCGCCGUCUAUGAGUGGAACAUCCACGCCGCGCUGGCGCUGAAAGCAGGUCUGUCGCCGGAUGCGUUGGAGGUCGCCCGCGGCACACUGAAAGGGAAGGUGGGGGGAGAGAAGUCAGCAGCAGCACUGAAUGAGAAAGAGGUGGCCGUGCUGAGAUACACGGACGAAGCCACGGUCGAUGUCAAGGUGCAGGAUGCCACCUUCGAGGACCUCAAGACACACUUCAACGACCGGGAGAUCUUGGAGCUGGCCACCGUGGUGGCCGGGUACAACGCGGUCAGUAGGAUUCUCGUGCCACUGGAUGUUGGCGAGAACAAUGACAAGCCCAUGAAGACGGUGGAGGAGUUGGUCGCAGGUCUGACUUGA